AGCCGUUCUUUGGAUUCCUACGUUCCCGUGUCCGUGCUCAAUCUGGAGCAUCCCAUAGAUCUCUUUUCUUCUUUUUCCUUUUCGACCUUCCUCCUUUUCGACUCUUUGGCCCACCCCGCCAUUCCGUUUUGUUUAUACGCCAGAUACCCAAUUUUCCUUCUCUUUUUCUUGACGCCUACCGCUCUAAUCAGUCGCCAUGUCGGGGAAAAUGACACUCUACAAGUUGGUGGUGCUGGGGGAUGGUGGUGUCGGAAAAACGGCGCUCACAAUUCAGUUAUGUCUAAACCAUUUCGUCGAGACGUACGAUCCAACGAUCGAAGACUCGUAUCGGAAGCAGGUGGUGAUCGAUCAGCAAUCAUGCAUGUUGGAAGUGCUAGAUACCGCAGGCCAGGAAGAAUACACAGCACUCAGGGAUCAGUGGAUCCGUGAUGGUGAAGGGUUUGUGCUUGUUUACAGUAUUACCUCACGGGCCUCUUUUUCGAGAAUACAGAAGUUCUACAACCAGAUUAAAAUGGUCAAAGAAUCAGCCAGUUCCGGCUCUCCCACCGGCGCCAGCUAUCUCGCCUCCCCGAUCAACAAUCCCUCCGGACCUCCGCUUCCCGUUCCCGUGAUGCUGGUUGGUAACAAGAGCGACAAGGCUGUUGAGCGAGCAGUGUCCGCGCAGGAAGGCCAGGCCCUAGCCAAGGACUUGGGGUGUGAGUUUGUUGAAGCGUCUGCAAAAAAUUGCAUUAAUGUCGAAAAAGCUUUCUACGACGUGGUUCGGAUGCUCAGGCAGCAACGGCAACAACAACAAGGAGGGCGCUCUCAGGAUCGCCGACCCACUGGCCUGGGUCCCAUGCGCGACCGUGAUGCUGGCCCAGAAUACCCGAAGUCCUUCCGGACUGACCGCGGCGGGCGGCAUCGUGGCUCACUAAAAUGCACUAUUCUGUGAAUCAAGCCUGUCUUGCUGGUCGAGUUACAACCUAGCCAUGGCUAGCCGCCCAAAGGAAUGAAAGGGCCCUUUGUGCACGUUUUUGUGAUCAGUCGUGGAUGUCAGUUCCACUCCUUAUUCUUCCUUGGCCUUAACUACGAGAGCCCAUGCGAGCCUACUUCAUGACAAUCUCCUCAUUUAUAUUGACC